GCUCUUAGAAGCACCCUCAUCAAACUGGUGAUCUUUAGUGUCUCUCUCGCUGUCUUACCUUUGUCCUCCUACUUUUUGUCACAAAAAUAUGUUUGGGCAGGCGCGUUUUUUUAUGCUGCUAUAACCGCCAUAUUCAUGGCAAACGCGGUCCUUGUCGCGUACAUCAUCUCAUCUGUGUUGGAAGACCAGCAGUCUGCACCACCUCUGAAGGCGGCUGCUACAGAGCUGGAGAGCAAAAAGCAACGUUAA